CUAGCCUCCACCAAAUCGUGUCAGCCAAGCCUCUUCAGCGUCCGACUGCCCCUCCUCCCACCCAAUCCCGCAGUGUUGAUCGAUCGUUGCUUGUACAUCCGACCGAACACUAUUCAGCUUCACUUCUUCCAUAGCUUUCUCUUUUCUCAAUUCCCUCGAUAGAUAACACAAUUCGGUGAUUUUGUAUCUCUCAAACUCUUCCAUUACCUACAGUCACAGCUUUCCAGCUCGACUUUACUUUACUCUUCCUGACCUAUAUCUUAUUGUUCUUUUCCUCCGGUCAAUAUGGGUGUCAAGGACGUUCUCUCCAGAAAGACGGGUGUCAUUGUUGGCGAUGAUGUUCUUGCUCUCUUCAAGCACGCUCAAGAGAACAACUAUGCCAUUCCUGCCAUUAACGUGACCUCAUCGUCCACUGUGGUUGCUUCUUUGGAAGCUGCGCGGGACAACAAUUCCCCCAUCAUCCUCCAAGCCUCUCAGGGAGGUGCUGCCUACUUCGCUGGCAAGGGUGUCAAGAAUGGAAACCAAGAGGCCUCGAUUGCCGGUGCCAUCGCAGCCGCCCAUUACAUCCGAGCAGUUGCCCCUGCCUAUGGCAUCCCCGUUGUCCUCCACACCGACCACUGCGCCAAGAAGCUUCUGCCAUGGCUCGACGGCAUGCUGGACGCCGAUGAGGCUUACUUCAAGACUCAUGGCGAGCCUCUCUUCUCCUCCCACAUGAUCGAUUUGUCUGAGGAGGAUGUUGCAUGGAACAUUGAGACCACUGCCAAAUACCUGAAGCGGGCUGCUCCCAUGAAGCAAUGGCUCGAGAUGGAAAUCGGCAUCACGGGCGGUGAAGAAGACGGUGUCAACAACGAAGAUGUUGACAACAACUCUCUGUACACCCAACCCGAGGACAUCCAUGAGAUAUACACCACCUUGAAGAAGAUCUCGCCUUACUUCUCCAUCGCGGCUGGUUUUGGCAACGUGCACGGUGUGUACAAGCCCGGCAAUGUCAAACUCCACCCUGAGUUGCUCGACAAGCACCAGAAGUAUGUCAAGGAGAAGGAAAACACCCCCACUGACAAGCCCGUUUUCCUUGUUUUCCACGGUGGUUCCGGAUCAACCAAGAAGGAAUACACCGACGCCAUCAGCUAUGGUGUGGUCAAGGUCAACCUCGACACUGACUUGCAAUACGCUUAUCUGACUGGUAUCCGUGACUACAUGCUCAGCAAGAAGGACUACGUUUCAUCGCAAGUGGGCAACCCCGAUGGCGAGGACAAGCCCAACAAGAAAUACUUUGACCCCCGUGUGUGGGUUCGUGAGGGUGAGAAGACCAUGAGUGCCCGUGUGGCCGAGGGUCUCAAGGACUUCAACACUGCUGGACAACUAUAAGUGCACCAAAAAACAAAGCAUGAAUGUGUUGGGACCUAGAUGGGGCCGGUGUGCUGUUGGUUGAUUCGCACACAGCUGGUUGGGCUGGUGGCAUGUGAAACAAAAGCAAAGUGCUGCUAUUGAAAAAGGAUGUACACCUGCGCGGCUGGCUGAUGGAGGUUGAUAACGUUUCUUUCUGAUGAUGCUGGGCAGGUCUCAGAGAUCCCUUGGCUUAGCAACGAGGAAGAGCAACGAGUGCUUGACGACAGGAUCGUGGACCUAGUUCUUAUCAGUAGCAUACUUGGGUACCUAACCAGUAUAUAGUGUAUGAGACAGGUGCACGCACACGCAGAUGUUGACUGGCACAAUCUGGUAACUGUGAGCGAGGCUUGCCCCAACACACUUGAACCGCUCCCCGCACCUGAAAUUUGUAUUUUACCCC